UCUGUAUUAUGGUAUUACUGUAGGUUCCUGGCUGCUAUAGAUCAGGCCUCAUGCAAGCUUUCUCAAAACAUUUAAUUAAGAGACUAAACAUAACACAAGAAAUACCAGAGGAGUCGAUAGUUAGAGUGACUCUUUUAUCAAGAACAACCAAACACAGACGAAUAGUAAAUGAAGAUGAAUUGAUAAAGGCAAUGAAAACAGUUGGAUAUUUUCGGCUAAGAGUAGUCGACUACAAAUACAGGAAUUUCCCCUUUCUUGAACAGAUUGAGUCUUCUCACAACACUGAUAUAUUUAUUGGGAUGCACGGCUCUGGUCUAACUCACUUACUUUUCCUCCCAGACUGGGGAGCCAUAUUUGAAAUCUAUAAUACUGAAGAUGAGAGGUGUUAUAAAGAUCUAGCAAGAUUGAGAGGUGUAGAAUACUUAACUUGGCAAGACAACACUAAAGUUUGGAAAGAGAGAGAAGGUCUUCAUCCUCAAAUGGGUACUCCUCAUGCUAAAUUCACUAACUAUUCCUUUGAUCUCUUGGAGUUUAUGAGUCUAAUGAUGUCACUGGGGGACAGAGUACAGCAAAGAAAAGCUGCUUAUUUCUCUCAGAGAAUUUUUACAACUUAAAUUACAAUUUUAAUAAAAGCAGUUGAGCAAAUAGCUAAGCAUUAAUUUUAUGUACACAUUGCCAAAUAUAAAUUAUUAUCACUGCAAUAAGUUAAUAAGCAGCAAAA